CUUCCCACACACUCUGGCUCCUCGCUCCGCCGCAGUGUUUCCCUUUUUUCCACCUUCUUCGCCUCUUCUCAUCCUUUCUCGUUCCACGGCUCUGCAGUGUGACGAGGCCGAAUCCUCUCCCCACCCAGUCCUCGCCAUUCUUUUACCUGCGCUGUUGUUCUGUUUCUCCCCUUCGGCCGCCGCCGCCACUGCUGCACAGCUGGUGUCGGUGCCGCGCUUUUCCCCCUACGUCGUCCCCGCAGCCUAUGGCCCAGGCCGCCUUGGGUAUUUCUGCUCAAGGUAACCACAUCCCUCUUUAAAAAUUCCGCCGAAAAAGAGAAGACGCUUUACCCGACUCUUUGGGCCGUUAUCUCACGGCGAACUUUCUGACCAAGUAUACAACUACCCAGAGGGCCUAGGAGAAGUGCUGUAUAGAGAGCAGUUCGACUUCAACGCUGAGCCACCUUGGGAACCUAGCUGAUGAUAGGGGGGUUCCAUCUCCUAACUUGUCCAUGGAGGUCUUCACUUCAGCAAUCCAAGACUCAUAUUCAUCCAGCUUGGUGUCAAGUGGGCUGUUGCUGCCAGAAUUAUCUUGUGAUUAUUUGAGAGAUGUAUCAGUUUCUUCUGAAGUACAAUCAACUAUAGAAGCCUUUGUAGCAGUUUGUUGCAUAUUCUAAGGACCCAGACAUAAGGCUUGGUGGCCGUCUCUUGUUUUUCCUGGUUUAUGACUUUCGGCUUUGUGGAAUACGGCUGAGAUGAAAGGAUUUAUUGACGAUGCAAACUACUCCGUUGGCCUGUUGGAUGAAGGAACAAACCUUGGGAAUGUGAUUGAUAACUAUGUUUAUGAGCACACCCUGACCGGGAAAAAUGCAUUUUUUGUGGGAGAUCUUGGAAAGAUUGUGAAGAAACACAGUCAGUGGCAGAAUGUAGUGGCUCAGAUAAAGCCAUUUUACACAGUAAAGUGCAACUCCACUCCAGCUGUACUUGAGAUUUUGGCAGCUCUUGGAACUGGAUUUGCUUGUUCCAGUAAAACUGAAAUGGCUUUAGUGCAAGAAUUGGGUGUAUCUCCAGAAAACAUCAUUUACAUAAGUCCUUGCAAGCAAGUGUCUCAAAUAAAGUAUGCAGCAAAAAUUGGAGUGAACAUCAUGACGUGUGACAAUGAAGUUGAAUUGAAGAAAAUUGCACGUAAUCACCCAAAUGCCAAGGUCUUACUACAUAUUGCAACAGAAGAUAAUAUUGGAGGCGAAGAGGGUAACAUGAAGUUUGGCACUACCCUGAAGAACUGUAGGCAUCUCUUGGAAUGUGCUAAGGAACUUGAUGUCCAAAUUAUUGGGGUUAAAUUUCAUGUUUCAAGCACUUGCAAAGAAUCUCAAGUCUACGUACAUGCUCUGUCUGAUGCUCGAUGUGUGUUUGACAUGGCUGGAGAAUUUGGCUUCACAAUGAACAUGUUAGACAUUGGUGGAGGCUUCACAGGAUCUGAAUUUCAGUUGGAAGAGGUUAAUCAUGUUAUCAGCCCUUUGUUGGAUGUCUACUUUCCUGAAGGAUCUGGCAUUAAGAUAAUUUCAGAACCUGGAAGCUACUAUGUGUCUUCUGCAUUUACACUUGCAGUUAAUAUCAUUGCCAAGAAGGUUGUUGAAAAUGACAAAUUUUCCUCUGGAGUAGAAAAAACCGGAAGUGAUGAACCAGCCUUCAUGUAUUAUAUGAAUGAUGGUGUUUAUGGUUCUUUUGCAAGUAAACUGUCUGAGGACUUAAAUACCAUUCCAGAGGUUCACAAGAAAUACAAGGAAGAUGAGCCUCUGUUUACAAGCAGCCUUUGGGGUCCAUCCUGUGAUGAGCUUGAUCAAAUUGUGGAAAACUGUCUUCUUCCUGAGCUGAAUGUAGGAGAUUGGCUUAUCUUUGAUAACAUGGGAGCAGAUUCCCUCCAUGAACCAUCUGCUUUUAAUGAUUGUCAGAGGCCGACAAUUUACUACAUGAUGUCAUUCAGUGAUUGGUAUGAGAUGCAGGAUGCUGGAAUUACUUCGGACACAAUGAUGAAGAACUUCUUCUUUGUGCCUUCUUGCAUUCAGCUGAGCCAAGGAGAUGGCUUUUCCUCUGAAGCUUAAACAGGCAUUAAUGCUUCUCUAGAUCUGAAGUUGCAGGUUAAGCUUGUCUGGUCUACAUUCCAGUGUGAAACAAAUUCAAUCUUAUUCUGUUAAUUCUCUUGGGAAAAAAAAUCUAUUAGUAAUAGCUGUUUGGGACCAGACGAAAUCAGCUUUCAUCUAUAAUUCAUGGGGGGGGGGGUAUUUGGGAGAUUUAGAUAAUGUAUCCAGAUUUAAACUUACCAGUUUGUCCUACCCCUUAAGCGUUUAAAAUAAAAUAUGCAACAAAAUGGAUGACUUAGUGGAGAUGGAAGCCCAUUAAUUGGGUUCCCCAUUAAAUCGUUUACAUACAAGUACACAGUUUUUAUACUAAGGAUUCAUGUUAAAAAGUCUUGUAAAGUUCAUGUCUUUCACCCAGAUAUAUCAGAUGUCAGUGGAGGACCAGUGUGACUUCAUUAGAUGCGUUUAGUGUAUUUAGAGUGUGUAAAUUUGUGCUUUGAACUGUAGUUUAAUAAAUGUAAAAUUGCAUCAUAGUAUUUGUUGUAUUUGACCUAAUGUAACCCUUGUAUGAUUGCAAUAAAAUUUUGUGUAGAUUUUACGGUUUUUUUUUUUUUUU